UGUAAGCAGAUUUUUAAGGAUGAUUCUCUUUUAAUAGUAUAGAUUUUUUUUUCUUUUGUUAUCAACAAUUCACAUAUGCAUACUAUUAGGUUUGAACUUUAAACCACUAGAUCGAAAUUCCGAUGAAUGAAUAAAGUUCUUUCAAUGCGACUAAUUUGAAAAUUCUUUUGUUUAUGAUAUCAGAAUUUUUGUAGUACGCCAAAACUUUGUAAUUUUUGUUUAUAAAUUGUAAAAUUCUUUAAUAGGAAAUGUUCGAGGGCAGAGUGGACAAGCAACAAAAAGGACCAUUAUCUGUAGCAUUUCCAGGAGAGGUAGCCGGUCUUUACCAAGCGUGGACGAAAAACGGCCGCCGUGUCCAGUGGAAACAGCUGGUCGAGCCGUCUAAUAAACUUGCUCGAGACGGUUUCGUGGUUGGUCCGCAUCUCGCCUUCGCGUUAUCCACCUACGAGGAAAAGAUCAGGAAUGAUACUGGUUUAAAGAGUGUUUUCGUUAUCGGAGACAAACUGUUGACGAAAGGUGAUACAUGGAAGAACAUCGAACUCGCUGAGACCUUGGAAAAGGUGGCGCAGAACGGGAUGAAAGCGUUUUACCAAGAUGAUGUAGCGAAAAAUCUUGUAAAUGAUCUGAUGAAUGCUGGAGGGAACAUGACGUUGGAAGAUUUGAGGAACUAUAAAGUUAAUGUGACCGAUGCAAUGGUUGUAAAUGAUGUUAUGGGGUUUAAACUACAAGGAAUGUGGCCUCCGUCUAGGCGUCUAGUGGAACGCCCGGUUUUGCAAUGGUGAGAAUGAUGACUCAUUUUUCGAUACAUAAAUGGUGUUCAAUGUGAAUAAUAUAUUUCAUGUUUUGAUGUUGGAAACAAACAGGUUAUGAAUAUAUUGGAGCAAUACAAAGAUAUAUAUGAUAUUGAUAAGA